CGUUAGUUAACUUGAAUUCAGAGUACCUAACCUAUAUAAUCUCUUAAAACUGCAGAAUCAAGAAAAGAUAGACAUAAAAAAUAAUGCAAAGACUUAAGCUCCAUAAUUCGAAUGUGCAUUUUAAAGAAAGAAGAUUCAAAUAAUUUCAUUUUAUAUUUUUAAUUUAUUUCAAUAUACUACAAUAAUGUAUCCUUUUAAAAUUUUUAUUUUCAUGCAUACAUAUCUCAGAUAUUUUCUUUGAUAAAUGUAUGUGUAUAUGUAGGCACAGUAGUUAAAAAAAGUCUGCGUACAACUCUCUGUACCGCAACUCUAAAACAGAUGUAAAAAAUGUUUAAAAAGUAAAAAAAUGGCGUUGUACUUGUAAAGAAAUAUAGAGUACAUAAUUAAUCCUGUGCCUAUCUUAGAUUACAACACGUAAAUUCAUUCAUUCAACACGAAUAUGAUAUCAUGACAGAAAUUCGUAUCAAAAAAAUCUGUGCACAAAGGUUCUCUUACAUGAUAAUGUACGCUUAACGCUCUAACAACGAUUAAAUUAUUAAUGCUUUAUUGAAUAACUUCUGUCUUCUCAACAUCCGGCAAACGGUUACCAUAGAAUUUAUUAGUUUUUUAGCAUUUUCUAUUGAUAUUUUAUUGCACUAUUCUUACAAUAUUGCAAUAUUCUUUGAAUGUUGUAUACAUAUUAUGUUUGCUUAUGCCUUUAUUAGUACUUUCUCGUACAAGUACCGAGUACAAUCUCGCAUUUUACGUUUGCAGUUUGCAGAACAAAGGACAACGAAUAAAAAAGAAUAAUAAAGUAGAAGUCGCGAAAGGUCUUUGUUCAUCACGCAAAAAUUUCCUACUUUUAUCAACAAGAUAAUUAAAAAAUCUAUCACAUUUAGAUUUUUCCGGUUUUUUCUUUUUUCAAUGCUCUCGGCAAGAUAUUCAAUGGCACACGUCUCUAAAGAGCAUAUUGACGUAGACAAUGCUGCUAAUUUAUUGUCAAUUUCUAAUUGUAUAUUUUCACUUUCCGCACUAAUGUUCCCUUUUUCUAUUUUGUUUAAUGGAACAUUGUCUGAUGUGGAGGUUGUAAAUUGGAACAAUAUAUCCUCUUUUAAUAGAGUUGCAUCAGAAUCAAGUUGACAAUUACUGUUAUAAGGAUUAGUAUUCAAAUUCAACAUCAUAUUCUUCCUGAUGACAAGGCGCACUACUUUUACAAAAGGAUUGGCAUUGAAGUCAUAAAAGAUAUUACAUCUUCCCUUUUUAAAUCAUGCCAAAGCUAUGCGGUGACAUUUACUGAUUGUCGCAAUGCUAAGAAACAAGGCGGAGAUUUUGAUCCAGAAGGUGUCAUUACAAACCAAUUAGUUAUAUUCUCUAAUUGUUGUAACAAAUCAAUUUUGACAGAAGAAUAUGAAUUAAAAAUGACACGCUUGUUUAGAUUAGGAUCAUGAGCAGAUCUACUAUUUAAAUUAUUAUUAGUUGGUAGUUCCUCUGACUGUCGCUAGAGACAUCAUUGUCAGAAAGGCAUGUACGUGUGUGCAUUAAUGAUAUUAAUAAUACAGAACCUUAAAGUGGCUGCAUUUGUAGUAGACUUCAGAGCUACUCUAUACCAACUUCAAGCCAAAGAAGCACACCGCACCUACUUUAAGUUAAGAAAGCUCUCUAUUUUAUCAAUCAUAUAUUCAUAUAUUCAUAUUCAUAUUUCACCAUAUAUUCAUAUUUUGCUAUUUGUUAUUUUAUCACACCUCCAUAUCUUUUCUAAUUUGAUGCAAUGUAAUGGAUACCAGAGAACUAACAGGAAAUAAUCACUAAUCAUCAGAGCGUCGAAACGCCUUAUAUAUUAUACCGCGGUGUGGAGCUGUGAUUAGGCGAUCGUAGCGUCGCUCCUACUAAGUAUUGUAAUUUGUUUUAACACAAAAAGGAAAGAAGAAUGUAAAGUUAAUAUGGUGUUAAACUAGUGAGGUUAAUAAUUCAAAGUUUAGAAAGAUGUUUAUGCUAUAAGGAUCACUUUUCGAGUAGGCAAUUUUGUAGGCAUCUUUCGAAUCGAAUGAUUUCGAUCAUUGACAGUGUAGAACGUCAUGACAUCGACCAGUAAAAGUACGAAAGAGGUUCUAUUGUCUAUCGUCGAUGACAUCGAGUUGAUAGCGAAAGAAAUGAUAGAAAAUACGAUAGUUCAAAAACCAUUGAAACUGUCAAAUGAAGAACACUCUCAACUAACAGAAUUGUUAAUUGCUAAGGACAACGAAUUGAAAGCAAUUCUAAAACGAGCGGCCGAGCAAGCAAAAAUUAACCUGAAAAUGGAAGCUUUAAAAGCCGAAGUUGAGAGACAAGACCAAGAUAUUCAACAAUUGCAGCGACAAUUAAAAGAGGCAGAACAAAUUUUAGCCACUGCAAUUUAUCAAGCUAAACAAAAAUUACAAUCCAUUGCCCGCGCUAAUAAGAGACCUGUACCAUCUGAAGAAUUAAUUAAAUAUGCACAUAGAAUAAGUGCGUCAAAUGCUAUAUGUGCUCCACUUACCUGGCAACAAGGGGACCCUAGAAGACCUUAUCCUACUGAUAUUGAAAUGAGAUUAGGUUAUCUUGGAAGGUUAAGUGAUCUUCCUUUAAAUGGUCAGAUGCCAGGUACUCAUCCUGGAAUAUCAUCAGAUUUGCAUAGACCUGGACAUCCAGUAGGUGAACCACCUGUAUCGCAAGCUAAUCAAUUUGCAUGGCAUUCGUCGGGUGAAAUUCAUAUGUCUGUGAGUGGACAAGGAAGCGUUGCCAUGAAUACCCAUAAGCAGGAAACAGAAGAUGUUGAAGUUAUGUCCACAGACUCUUCAAGUAGCUCAUCUAGUGAUUCUCAGUGAAUAUUGAUUUUUUGUAGAGUUUGAGUAAACUGUUUUAUGGAUUCA